UGAAUGCUUUCUUAACAAGAGCAAAAAGAAGGUAAGUGUUUCAGUAGCAGACUGAAGACUGAUUCUUUACAGCUGGUUUUAAGAAAUAUUUACAUUAAAUAUACUGGAGAGACUUCCAAAUGCUUUGCAGACAUGAGUGGUGCUGAGCUCUGAGGCCAAGCAUUCUGCUGGUUGGUGUUGUGUUUGGCUCCAUGUGGGAUUUCAGUAGAGCACUGCUCUGCCAUGUCGUGUGCUUCAUGCUGGCACAGUAUUGCAGCUUUGCAGCAAUGCAAUAGUGUGCUUUGGACGCUGUUACUGCAGUCACACGUGGGCAGAUAGUGACUGAGAACAAAUAAAGCAAAUAAUCCUCAAUGUGGCACUUGUGCCAUAGAGUUUUUAAUGUCAGGAAAAUAACUGCUGGGCAUUGCUUAAUGUGGCCAGGGGGAUUAGCCAAAGGGAACGACUACUUCCAAAAUAGUCCCAAAACUGUGCAAAGAGGUAGACCCAGGGCUGAACAAGGCCCUAUGCCUUCCCUUGCAGACACCAAAGUUGGAAGAAAGACAAGGGGGAGUUCAGUCCAAAGUGCAGAGAGCUAUCCUUGUCACUCAGCCUGAGACACAGCAAAUAUGGGAAGAGGAGGUCUGGGCUGCCUGGUUGAUGUCUACAAGCCCAGCAAAGUGGCUGCAUUUUGAACCUAAGGGCUUCUCUUAAUUCUAUCGGGUUAAUGGAGGAAACUGUCCCAGAAAAGUCAGUAUGGGAGUUAUUUUGCCACUGUAACCAAAGUUUCCCCUGACGCAACAUUACACAGGGGACAGCACUUUGCUUACCUACAGGCACUUGCUUUUUGUUCAAGUGGUUUCCAGUCUCCUCAGUAUAGAGUCAUAGAACCUAGAAUCAUUAAGGUUGGAAAAGGCCUCCAAGAUCAUCAAGUACAACCAUCCACCUAUCAUUUCCCCACUAGACUGUGUCCCGUAGUACAAUAUCUAAACAUUUCUUGAACACUGCAUUGUAGUGUUCUUACACUACAUAAAUGCAGGUAUGGAGAAUUUAAGAAAGGGAAAGCUGUUUGCAAUUAAUAGAUGUCAAGGUAGAAUUUGCUUAAGUGAUGUCUUGGUUUGGAUGGCAAGGUUUUGCUGAGGGAGUUUUGGGUACCCAAGGAGGGAGUGUAACCUGGUGAGUCCCGAGAUGUGUCAAAACCCACCUGGCUGCACAGUGCAUCCCUCUGCAGAGACAAGGGCUGUCAGAUUUAAUAAGGACAUUGAGUAAUUACUGCCGCAUCUGUAAUGUUCUGUGAAGAGCUGCAAGAAACAUGAGAUGCUGAGGUUGGAGUGCAAUAGCUGUGGUCCUGUAUGGUUGCCCCAUGCCAGAACCUGACGUAAGAGGAGAGCAGGUUGCUGCAAUGCUAAGCUAUAUUUCAUCCCAAAGUCCAGGACUACUCCAGUCCAAUAUGCCAAGAAAAGCAAAUCAGGAUCAAAAUGCGGGUGUAACAAGCAACUGAAUACCCUGCAGCUACCAAUGUUUGUACCCCAAUGGGCAGAUGGGAGCAAAGUGUGGGGUCAGGGUCUUCUCAGUGGGUUCUGCACAACGUCACAGGCUGAUGGGUGUUUGCAACUGCUGCGAAGCACAGGAACCGCAGCAGCAGUCAGAGGACAGGGUACUCAGUGGGGAAGGAAGUAAUGGAGACAAGUACAAAUGUCUCUUGCUGCUAAAAUGUGGUGGAUGUGGUUUUCUAGAGUGUUGGUCACUGCUAUCUGUUGUGGCCUCCAAAGACAUCUGCUGUCCUUGAUGAAUGAGAACAAGCUCUUCAGUGUCGUAAAGAUGAAGGGAUUUGAAUGCAUUAAACUGCAGAAGUAUAGAGAAAAAACAGUACUUGGCUGCCACAGCAUGCACUGAGCAGCUCUGCACUCCUAGCAGGCAUUUCCCAAUCACACUGCAUUUCCCUGAGAGUAGGUUGCAACAGGAUCAUCUCCUUUUGUGUAAAAGAAGGGAUACCACUAAAGGAAACAAAUUUACUAAUUGUAGUGUUCCUGUUGAGCUAUCCCUCACCUUCCCCUCAAUUUUUUUUCAGAGCAGUUGGAGUACAGGAAGCCAAAACUCUCCCUGCAAGCUCCUGGCUCCAGUUAAGUAUAAUGGAUAAUUGUGAGAUGUAUGAAAAUGCCUCCAAAUGCAUUGUGAGCUCCAAGAGCAUGAAAUGCUUCAUGGUGCUCAGCACACAAGCACAGAAGAUCAGCAUUGCCACACUUUGUGGCCUCUUUGGAACACUGUGCAUUUUUGAGAACUGUCUGGUGCUUUAUCUGAUCUUCUCCUCCCCUGGUACAAGGAGAAAGCCUUCGUACAUCUUCAUCAGCAGCCUGGCCUUGGCAGACCUCUUGGCCAGCAUCAUCUUUGUAGGAAGUUUUGUUAACUUCCAUGUCUUUAAUGAAACUGAUUCUUCUAAAGAAUUGUUCUUGCUGAAGCUGGGAGGGGUGAACACAUCUUUCACGGCCUCCCUGAGCAGCUUGCUGCUAACGGCUCUGGACCGCUACAUCUCCAUCAUCCGCCCCUCCAAAUACAAGCUGCUUGUGACGAGAAAGAGAGCAUGGACAGCGCUAGGAGUGCUCUGGCUGAUAUGUGUGGCCAAUGCCUUCCUGCCUCUGAUGGGCUGGAACUGCUGUACACUCAACUCAGCCUGUUCUGAGCUGUUCCCUUUUGUGGACAACAAUUAUCUGUCCACUUGGAUCUGUCUUGUCAUGAUCUUGCUGGGGUGUAUAGUCUGUGCUUACACACAUGUGCUGUGGAGGGCUCACCAGCAUGUGACAUACAUGGAGAAACACCAGGUGCAUGUGGGAAAGCAGAGCGCCAGGAUGAGGAUGGACAUCAUGCUGGCCAAGACCUUCAUCAUGGUGCUGACCGUCCUUGUGCUGUGCUGGUUGCCGGCCCUAAUUCUCAUGAUUUACAGCAUCUUUGUAAGUCUGAACAAUCACCUGCGCAAGGUGUUUGCCUUCUGCAGCACGCUCUGCCUGCUUAAUUCCAUGGUGAACCCCAUUAUUUAUGCCCUGCGGAGCAAGGAGGUGUAUUCCUCCCUGAGGAUGUACCUUUCCAGAUGCAGGAAGCAGCUGAGGACCUCAAGUGACAGCCCGGAAGCAGAGUGUGCUCACAGGUCCUCCAUGAUAGAGACUGUCUGUGAGGACAUACAUGUCAUGUAGGGAUGCAGUGCCAGGAAG